AUGGAAUUUACGCUUCCCAUUUCACUCGACGAAGAAUUUGUUUCCAUCUUCGACACGAUCGGUGAAAGGUGUUAUACCGAUAUUAGAAAUUCAGAUGGGAAUGCAAUGACUUGUCUUUCCAAAAACGGGAAGUCACCCGUCCUUUACGUCAAACUCGAAGAUGAAACUGUCUUUUUCGAUGAAAACGGUGAGCCGAUCGGUCAUCGCGAAUACCGGGACUUAUGGUUUCGAUCGGAUGCGGUCGUAAGGAUCGAAAGCGUCUACGCGGCGGACGACGUAACAUCCGUUCAGAUGAAACUUCACGAAGUCUGGAUCAGAUCGGACCUUCCGUCCGAUGAAACCUCUGAUAGUAUAGUAUCGGAGGAAUAAAAAACAUAUUCGGAACAUUCUGUAAUAACUUACAGAUUUAUUUUUUUUCCUAACCUACCCGGGUUAGAAAAUUUUUUUUUUAAAAAAAAAUAAUAAAUGAAUGUAAUAGAGACUCAAAAAGACAUUCGGUUAUUUCUUACCGACGCAGUGAGAGCCGGUUAUCGUCUCGGGAAUAAUUUGAACGCGACAUCGUUUAUGGAAUAUAUACGAUCGAGGGAAAAGGAAUAUGAAGAGCUGAUUCGACGUAGUGAGAUGGAUGAUGAUUCGCUUUACGCCCUUCUUAUUUUUGAAAUGCGGAUGCUGAUCGAAGACAUUCUCGGUUUGACAGAACGACUUAAACUGGAAGAGAAAUAA